AUAGAUGCGACCAUUUGGGUAAAAAAUCCGAAGGAGACCGCGAACUCAAAAGAGCUCUUUUCUGGAAAUCUUUAUUUUCGGAUAUGGCGUCGAAGCGGAUCUUAAAGGAAUUGAAGGAUUUGCAGAAGGAUCCUCCUACUUCAUGCAGUGCAGGGCCUGUGGCCGAAGACAUGUUUCUUUGGCAGGCGACGAUCAUGGGUCCUACGGAUAGCCCUUACGCAGGAGGCGUUUUCCUAGUUACGAUCCAUUUUCCUCCGGAUUACCCUUUUAAACCUCCUAAGGUGGCCUUCAGGACAAAGGUGUUCCAUCCGAACAUUAACAGCAAUGGAAGCAUCUGUCUUGACAUCUUGAAGGAGCAGUGGAGUCCUGCUCUUACGAUUUCCAAGGUGCUGCUAUCGAUCUGUUCUUUGUUAACGGAUCCGAACCCCGAUGACCCGUUGGUGCCCGAGAUAGCUCACAUGUACAAGACAGACCGGAGCAAGUACGAGUCCACGGCUCGGAGCUGGACCCAGAAGUAUGCAAUGGGGUGACAAAGCUUUAGAAGGGGAAACCCCCUUAUCUAACUCAGAUUUCAUAUCUAUAUGUAUGAAAAAGGGACCGUAAGAAAUGGUCUCAGAAAGGUGUAGAUGAUCUUUAACUAGAAACUGAAAUGUGAAUGUAUCUUCUGUGAUUGAUUUGUAUUGUAUGGGCGACCAAACUGCCCCAAGAAAAUUUCGGUUUUAUGGGCCGA